GCUUCACAGAGUAGUUCAAGGUCUGGUCUCGGCCUUUUGCAUUUGCGAAAAUUCCACCUGAAAUAAAGUUUCUGCUUCAUUCAUUAAAACUUCAAUAAGAUGAACACAUUGACAAAGGAAAAGAAAAAACGGGAAAUAAAUUUGAACCCUAGAAAAGUGAAGGAGAAAACGGUGUGAACAAAGGAACAAUAUCUAUUUUCCCUUCUUCGAAGUAUUAUAUACUUGGAAUAUUCUUGACUUCAGUGGGAAGUGGUGUUCUACGGGGUUUUCCGCUUUCUCCAUUCUUAUUUAAUCUUCUCAUAGACACUUUUGAAGAACUAAUCCAUGUAUGCAGGUCCAGACUAAUGGAUGGAUUAUAGGUGAUUAUCGUAACCAAUGAUUAGAGACUUUGGGUGGAAUAGCUUAGAAUCAUUCGUAAUGGUGUAGGCGCAUUCACCCUUUGCCUUCCCUUAGGUCCUAACCUUUCAAAUUACCUUACAAAAUUAUUUUAUUGGACAUAUCCAUAUUUUCUUGAGUCUUGUCUUCAAUGCCUAAUCUUUUCGAUUACCACUAAUACUGUUACUACCUAUGCUAGUGCUUUAUGAUUUUUACUGACAACUUUAUCUCGCUGUAUGGCAACUUGAACUGAUGUACAUGUUUACCAGGUUCUACGUUAUAUUUACGUAGAAUUUAUCACCAAUCUGUUUCAGGUUGAUAUCAAUCUACUGAUCAGUGUACCUUUAUGUCAAAUCUUACACAAUCUCAUCCAGUUAUUUUUUUACUUUAAAAUUUAUAAAUACUCUAUGUUUUCCCAAAGAUUAAAAAUCACAAACUUUAUUUAGCAUACAUAACUCAUCCAAUAUACUUUAUAUCAUAGUCGGAAAAAGAAAAAGAUUGAUGGUGGACCAAAUUUUUUAUUUCAAAGUUGGAUAACCGAAGCUAUGGAAAAUGCAUUUGUCAAAGAUGCCAAAUCAUACUAUGCUUACAGAAAGGCUCUUUCUUCACUUAAAAAAUACCCACUAUUGUUACAAAGUGGAAAAGAAUGUAAAAUUUUAGAAGGUUUUGGAGCAAAACUAUGUGAUUUCUUAGAUGAGAAAUUAAAUAAUUACGCUGAAGAUUUGCAGUUAUCAGCAAUAGAAGCGCUACAUUAUGGUAAUAAAAAUAUAAAGGAAUCAAUAAUGUCAUCGAUUAUAACGGCAACUAAAACAAAGUGUUGUAAGAUAAACCAGUUGCCAACUGAAAAAGAUGUCCUUCUAAAAGAACUCAACAUUAAUCCAACUGACAAUGAUAUAACUCUCCCAAACCUCAUACAAACAAAUGCAACUCAUGAUAAUGUCACCUCUGAGAUAAUAAACAAUGAAAAUUUGAUUCCCCAAUAUUCAGUCUGUGCAAAAAAGAUUCUGCAAGUAAUUAGAAGUUCAAAGCAUCCUUCAGGCUGUAGUAUGUGUGAAUUAUCAGCAUAUUUUCGAAAUCAUGAACAAAUUGAUCCACAAUUAAUUCAAUGUGAAAUUGAUAAGUUGAUUAAUAUGAAGAUUGUACAGUAUGUUAAUAACUCACCACCAAGGUUGAAAAUAACAGAUGUUGGAUCAAACUUAUCUACUUCAGUGUGCUCUAAAUCAGAAAUAUCACAAAAAGAAACUGAUUAUACAACUGAAACAACUUUAGAUUUGAAGUGCUCAAUGGACUCCUCGAUGUCUACUGAUCUAUCUGAAAUAAGCUCAUAUGGAUUAUAUUUCACAUAUGUAGAUGAACAUAAUAAUCCUGUUCAUUUAAAACGAAAUGCACAUCAACGUGAAUAUAAUUUGGAUGGUGAAGUGAACUUACCUGGUUAUCGUAUUCGUUGUAUUUAUGAAGAUUUAAUUAUUUCCGGUGUAUCUUAUCGUAUAGAUUGGAGUAGUUCAGGGUUAACAGAAAAUGGCAUAACAUAUACGUAUGCUUACUUACUUGAUUCUAAUGCGCCUAACCUGUGUACAAAUCCUAUAUCAAGUAUAAAAUCUAUCGGUACAACCAAUAGUAGUGCGAUGCUAACUACGUCUUCAACUACUUUCACGUUUAAACCAAUAUCAAAAGUUAAUAACUCAACUAGUCUGCAGACUGGAAUUAAACGAUGCAAAUCUCAAGAAUCUGUUUCACAUAAUGGUCUCACAAGUAAAUCAAGUCGAAACUGUACAAAUUCAGUAGCAACAGAGUCCACAAUGCAACCAAAAUCUCCUACUCACUCACAUCCAAUUUUGACCCGUCAACUAAGUCUACCAGGCACAUCUGAAAUGAUUUCAUUAAAUCGUGCUAUGACCAAGUAUAGCUCACAAACAUCUGGUGAACCUCCGAAUCCACAUAUUAUUAGUACUAGAAACUGUUUGAAUCCUAUCGGUGACGAACUUCAAAAACACCAAAUUUCGUCGUCGUCAUCAUCAUUAACAACUUUUAUCGUUCCAGCUAAUUCUUAUGAAAUUAUUCUUUUGGCUGAUGUUCGUGAAAAUUUCGGGUCGAACAAAGUAAGACAAAUGCUUCCAACUGUAUUUCAAAAGUACAGUAUCAAAUGUGAAUCAAGAGCACUUCCUGUUGGGGAUUUUCUUUGGAUUGCACGAUGGCGAAAUGAAUCAGAUUGUUUAAUGGAAGCUGUACUGGAUCAGAUUAUUGAACGUAAAAGAAUGGACGAUUUAGCACAUAGCAUUGUUGAUGGGCGAUUCAGAGAACAAAAGUAUCGUUUAAAACGUACAGGUUUAUUACAGUUGAUUUAUUUAAUCGAAGAAUGUUCAAUGAUGCAUAAUCAGAAAGUCGCUUAUGAUGUUUUAAUACAAGCAAUUUCAAAUGCACAAAUCAUCGAUGGUUUACAUAUUAUGACAACUAAAAGUCUUGAAGAUACUGUAGAUUUACUCGCUGCACUUUCGCGAAGACUUCAGUCACGUGUUUCAAAUGAUUUGUACGUUAAUCAUCAAAAAUCUAAUGAUAUGCCUUUCAAGUUGAACACUUUAAAUGCAUUGAGCUGGUGUGAGUUUGUCAAACUUGCAAAUAAAUCACCGGAUCCAAGCAUACGUGAUAUUUUCGCGAAACAUUUAAUGCAGAUUCCUGGAUGUUCUGGUCCAAAAAUCACUUCAAUUAUGGAAAAAUAUCCUACUCCCUGCAUUUUAAUGGAUGCCUAUGAUAAACAGCCGACAAUGUCAGGCAAGAGUAAUAUGUUGGCACAGUUGAAACCAGCAGAUAGUAAUCGGUGUAUUGGAACAGCGCUUAGUCAGAGUAUCGCUUUUGCGUUUAACACAUUGUGAUCCAUAUUUUGUACUGAUUUCCCUGUAAAUAUACAUUUAUCUAC